ACGCAGCCACAAAGUCACCACUACGCCUAAAACAAUCACACACAACGUUUAAUCAAAAGCCGCUAUCGCGCCGUAGGAGGAUUGCACUUGUGAAUGUCGUUCCUGGCCCCCCGGCUUGGCAUGGCUCAAGCUUCGACAUGAGUACAGCGUAUGAUGUAGCUGUUGAUGCUAUCAAGGCCGGUUUACCGCGUUGCCACGAAAGGCUCAGGACUGACAUCUACAAAGGAGCUCAGCCGGGCGUAAGGAGCGACUUACGAAUUACGUCGGAGGCGAAAGCGGCCGCUCUGGGCGCGCCGGCCCGGAAGCGAACUACCGGCCGCGACAUCCUCCGCGCGUUAGAGAACCGCCACCGGUGGUUGCUCUUCGCGCAACACUGCUACACAUGCCAGCUACCGGACGGUGCCUGCGAGCUCGGCAAGCUCUGCACCUAUGGCAAGAAAACUCUGAAGCACGUGUCGCACUGCGAGGCAGAGCGGGAUGAGUGCCCCUACCCGCGCUGCCGCCUUCUUAAGCCGCUGCUGUCGCACAGCCGGAGCUGCCAGGCGGCGAACUGCGCCAUCUGCGUGCCUGUAUGGAACUACAUCCAAAAGGACAUGCCCGCGACGGCCGGAGGCGGCGCGGGCGAGUCGCAGCAGCCGCAACAUCAGCAGCAGCCGCAACAGCCGCAACAGCCGCAACAAGGCGCCGACGUCAGGCCGGAGCUCAAACGCGAGCCGCAGGCAGGGCCCCACCAGAAGCCGCCGCCGCUGCAUCAGCAGCAACAGAACCAGCAGCAGCGGAAACCCGCCGGGCCCCACCCGGACCUGGAUGGCCGCGGCGAUGAUCGGAGUUUCAACGGCGGCCAGCAACACCCUCAACACCAGCAGCACCAACAGAACCCACACCAGCAGCAACCGCCACGCCCGGCCUCUCACGACGUGUUGGCAGAUGCUGCUGGGGGGCUCCGCGGGGCAACCUCAUCCUCCGGCCCGUCCUCCCGGGGUAGCUUUGGUGCCGCGGCGUCCGCCAGCCAUGGCAGCAGCGCCGUAAGCGACGACGGGCCGGAUGGCGUGGUGCGGGUGGCGGCGGUGGCGGCGGCGGCUGGCGUGCACGGCAAGUCGCUCGUACACGCGGCUGCAGACAACAUGCACUCGCUGCAUCUGUCUUCCUCGCCGCACCUCAAGUCCUCGGGCGCAGCCGCGCCGCACCGGCCGCCGGCACAGCCGUCGCCGCAGCCGACUCACCCAUCGCAAGCGCCGCCGCAGCAGACGCAGCAUCAACCGCAACAGCACCAGCAGCUGUCGGACGGUGCGCCUGCCGGCGGUGUUGCAACCGCCGCCGGCAAUGCGUCACACCCAUCCCAUCAGUACAACAGCAACGGUACGACGCCGUACACGGUCCAGUCGUACUCGAGUGGUGCGGCGCCGCCGACGGCAGCAGCAGCAGCUGCUGUUGCUGCUGCUACAGCUGCAGCCAGUGGCGGGGGGCGCGAUCCUGGAUCUGGCGUGGGGGUCACGUGCGGUGGCGACCUCGGCGGUGGCGGCGGCGGCGCCGCAGCGGCCUCCGCUGCAACGGCGAAAGCCGGCAGCAGCAGUAUCACCAUGAACGGCACCCCGCGCCAGCCCAUCCCCGUCAACAGUGCCGCGAUGUCGUCACAGCCAGUUCCGCACGCGCCCGCGCUUGUACAUAGCUACCCGCCUGGCCCUUCUCCGGCGGCAUACGGGGCCUACUUUCCGCAUCUGCCACCAGGCAUGACCGCGGCAGCGCCGCCGCCGCAUCUAGCUGCUGCCGCCGCCGCCGCCGCCGGGCCACACCACCCUGGCGCCGCCGCCACGGCGGGAGCCAACGGCAUCCCGGCUUCAUGGCUGUCGCUGCCGCCAGGCGUUGUGCCGCCGUCGGCCGCCGCCGUCGCCGCGGCGCUGGGCGCCAGCCCAGCCACGCCGUCGCCGGGGCCGCCGGGCGCCGCGGCGGUGUGGCAGGGGCAGGCGGCGGCGGCGGCCGCCGCGGCAGUGGCGGCGGCCUCGGCGGCCGGGCGGCCGACAGGCGCGCCGCCGCCGGGAGCGCCGCCGCCAGGGUCCUUGUACGGCAUUCCGCACGCCGCCAGUACGGCGGGCGCGCCGCCGGGGUCCUCACCGCCAGGCCUUAGUCACCACCCGUACGGCGCUGCGCCGCCGCCGGGGUCGUACACUCUCGCCAGCGCGCCGCUCCUGUUUUGGCAACCGGCGGCGGCGGCGCACCACCCAGCGGCUGGUCAGUACGCACGGUUAAGUGCCGGCCACGCAGGCCCCAGCGCCGCCGCUGCUAGUGCCGCCGCCGCCGCGGCGGCAGCCUCCGCCACCAUCGUCCCACCUCCCGCGCCGCUGCACACCGGGCCGGCUCCUGUCCUGCAGCCGCCGCCAGCAGUGCCUGGGGCGGCGGGGGCGGCCGCGCCGCAUCCGUUGUUUGCGCCACCGGGCGGCGCAGCCGUCACGGACGGUGGGCAAGGCGGCGGCGGCGGCGCCGGGGCCGUGGCACAGCUCUGGAGCUACCUCCUGCGAUGAUAGCAGUGUUGGUGGUGGGUGUGCUGGUCUGUACAAUGGGGCUGUACCCCAGUACAGCUGGUGUUGGCGUUGUUGUGCUGACGUGGGGAUUUGGUGGAGGUGAUGGUGUUGGAUGGUGAAAGCGUGGGCGUUGGUCCGGGCACUGCUGUCGCGAUGCGCUGCUUCGCGGCUUUCAUCAUUUCGUAUGGCGGCGGGUACUCCGCCAGUGCGUCGCCAACACGCGGCAUGCCGAGCCGUCACCGGAUUCCAUGGCCAGCGGCGAAGCAGCGGAGACUGAUGUCCGAAGGAUGCCACUACUAAUUCAGCUUACUGAUAUUGUCGCAUGCGCGGUGUUAACUCGUGCGGUUUAUGUGUGAAGCUAUCUAGUGCGAAGCGCUCAGAGCUACUGAUUCGGACCGAGAGCCGCGGCUGUGAGUAGUCUACCAAUACCGACGGUGUUGCGUUUGUGGCAGUUGCGAUUCCCGCGAUGCACGAGUGACAUGUCCACCCGCAAGGGACCUACAGCUGUAGGUAGGAGGCGAGAGCUGCUGGGUUGUGUGUCCUUGCGGCGUCGCGGCAGAGGUUGUUUUGAAGCCGCGCCGUUGUUCAAGGGCACCCUCUUCGUGAGAAGAAGGGUACGUGAGCGUUGAGAGCUUGAGAGGUGGCAGGCAGGAACGUGAGUGACACACAUGCACACGCUUGGCAGACUUAGUAAUGGGAGGUGCCGCGACUCAAUUGGCGCGGCUCCUGCAAUCAAUCCAACUUGGGCUAACGCCCUGCGAUGUAGGUGUUGGUGUGCGUGUGCUGACUUCAAUUCUUCAUGCUGCGAUGCUGGGAGCAUGCGUGUUGCGCGGGCUUUUGAAGGUGCGUGGCUUGUGGGUGGGCAGGGGAAGGCGAUGCGGCGGCUGGCUCGAGUUCUCAGCUCAGGAACCCGUGUGAGCAGUUGGUGGAUGGGCACGCAGUGUGUGCGCGGGCACAUAUGGGUUGCGGCUGCAGUUGUUGUUACCACCCACGCAAGCAAGCGUGCUUGUGCUCAAGCCCCGCGGCCUGCAUGCCUCAGCACUUGGGCUGUACGUUUGGUCCUAAUCUUUUUUGUUUGUGUAUUUCUUUCUGACGAGUGCCGAUGCCAUGACAGUUGUGCAGGGCGCAACCGAAGUUAGGAAAACACAGUACACAUACGUGUGUGGCGUCCUCACUAAGCCUUGCGUGUGGGCACAAAGCGACCAGCCGAGCGGGCUGCGCGGAAGUGGGCAGGAGCAGGAUAGAGGCGUGUACGUGCAAGUCUUGUACAGGUGUACGUGUGUGUUCGUGUGUGUGGAAGCGAGUGCCUGAAGUUGCGAGACGUGUGUGGCAUGCGUCUGUCCCCCCUUCCUAAAUUUCGUAAUCAUUGUGCAUUUCGAAAGCACCCAUGCGCGUGGGCCUAAAGAGCACUGUUGUGGGCGUUUGAGUGGGCACGGACUGGCGCACGGCCCGGCAGGGAACCAAAAAAGCCCACCACACCACCCGGUGCAAGCACCUUUGCCAGUGCGGCUGCGUGUGUCGAGCUAAGUGGCUCUUGAGGCAACGGCGCUGGGACAAAGCGCACCGCGGGAUGCUGAUGCUCGGCGCACAGGCUGUCGGUAUCUGACCGUGCGCAGGAUGUGCCUAUGUUGUGAAUGGUAUAAAUAGGUGUGCAGCAGUACCGUAUACUAAGUAUGAUGGCGCAUGAAAGCUCUCGGGGGAACCCAAUUCCUAAAGAAGCGUGCUCGCACCCUUGCCUAAUCAAUUACUCAUGCUUGCGUGAGAGUGCGUGAAACUUUGGGGUGUCUGACACCAGACCUCCAAGUGUCAUGCGUUGCUGUUUGGGUGUGUGCAUGCGUGUUGAUGCGCGUGUGUGGGUGUGCAGGCACAUCAACUGCGCCAGGGGGUGCAGCAAAGGGACAGUAGGUAGAAAGCAGUGUGUGUGCGUGUGUGUGCGCGCAUGCGCAGCCCGAACCUCCCGCCAUGGCGACUGGAAUCCCGGGACGAAAGGUUAUAGGGAGAUAUAUACAGAUGGUUUGUCGUGGAUGCUGUUGCUGCAUUGCGCGCAGUGUGUGCGUGUGUGUUUCUGUGGCAACGCCGGCACACCGACAGCGCAGUGCCAGGCACUUUGUGUGCGGAGCAGUGUGAGGUGUGGCACCGCCGUGCGCCACGGGUUGGGCGCCAUUCCAGCAGGACAUGACGCUUAUGCAUGGUGAUGCGUAAGGGCGGGGCAUUCAAGUCCCGCCCGCGCCACCACUUGUAACUCAGAGAGUCA